CAUGAAAUCUUUCAUCAUUCAUCAUUUCUACUCAAACAGAAGAGAAACAAGAUGGACAGUGUUACUUUCAUUUAUUAAAUUAUGGUACCUAAAUCCCUUGCGUAAAAUGAAUAACGAAGAUAUUGUGGAAUAUUUCAAACAGUGCCAAACCAAUGACCCGGACAUUUCUCCAGCAGUUGCGGCUAUCAAAACACUCAUCGAAUAUCUAAAGCUUAGUCAGGCUGAAACUCUGAAAGGUCUUCGUGAAAAUCUAAAGGAUUGUAUUGAAUGGUUGGUCACUAAUACAGACAGCUCUGCCACGGCGAUCCAGUCAGGAUGUGAGCUAUUCCUUAGGUUUAUUACACUAGCAUCUCUAGAACAACAGGAUUUUCACGAUUGUAAGAAAAUCUUGGUUCAGCGAGGUAAUGUCUAUUUAGAUAAAGUUGCCCAAUCACGACAUCAGAUUGCAAGGCUGUUUAACCCAUUCAUACGAGAUGGAUCUAGAAUUCUUACACACUCAUAUUCUCGCGUGGUCUUGAAAGUUUUACAAGAAGCUGCUGCGGCGAAGAAAAGGUUCACUGUUUACGUCACAGAAUCCAACCCUGACGAAUCUGGUAAGAAGAUGGCAAAAGAUCUUGAAGCCUCAGGAAUUCCAGUUUGUGUCAUACUAGAUGCUGCUUCUGGGUACAUAAUGGAGAAGAUUGACAUGGUACUGGUUGGAGCAGAGGGGGUGGUUGAAAGUGGUGGAAUUAUAAAUAAGAUUGGUUCAUAUCAAAUAGCUAUAUGUGCCAAGGUCGCUAACAAACCAUUUUACGUUGUCGCAGAAAGUUUCAAGUUUGUUCGUUUGUUUCCUUUAAAUCAACAGGAUGUUCCUAAUGAAUUUAAGUAUAAAUCAUCAACGCUGAAAUCCAAUUCUGAUCUUAGUCAUGAGCAUCCACUAAUCGACUACACUCCCCCUGCAUAUAUAACCCUGCUGUUCUCUGACCCUGGUGUCCUUACACCCUCUGCUGUUAGUGAUGAGCUCAUUAAGCUGUAUUCAUGACGAUGAAAGGCAUUUGUUUGUGAAUAUAUAAUUUGUUUAGCUGUGUACUGAAAUGUAACAUCACUGAAACAAAUAUCUUGAAUGGGAAGAAACCAUUAAUAUAUCAUCUGUAACACAUACAAUAUAAUUAUUGUGUCUGCCACAAUGAAUAGAUUUAAGCCUGUAUUCAAUCUUUUAAUGCCUGCUUAGAAUAUAAACAUCCUGUGUUCUCCAUUUUUUUUUUAUUGGCUCUGAUUUAGUAUUUAGCCAACAGGGUAAAUAUCAAUGGCAGGAUGGAAUACACAAGGCGAACAUACACAUAAGAUGCUUAGUAGGGCUGUUGUUGGUUAAGAAAAAUUACUGGACUUGACAGGAAUUGAGUCUCGGAUCAUGAGAUUGGAAGGCAACCAUCCUAACCAGUAAGCUACAGCUUCACCCCUAAUUAUCUAUUCUUGUGAUGGGUUAGGAUGCACUUAUGAAUAGCAUUUGAUCUGCACUAAGAAUGAUGACAAGAAAACGGUAAUUUAGAAUUAUGGAAUUACAGAAAAGUACUCCAAAAUCCAGAUGCGGUGCCAGCAGGAGCUUCAGGCUGAAAAAGACUAAUCCUUGACCCCCUUUCCCACGGGCAAUAAACAAAUCUUUUCAUUGGAGAACACCACUUUGAAAACGAUUUUUUUUUUUUGCCAUUUCUGGGCAUCUAGCUGUGCCUAUUGAAAUUACUUCAACCAUGGAAAUGAAGUGGGUGUGGCCCAUGGUAGGGGACUUCGGACCUUCUAUUGAUGACCUUGUAAAUCUUGUUAGGUAAUCCCUGGCGCUACCACUGCCAAAAUCACUGGUUCAGUUCUUGAUUCAAUCAAAUAUAUUCAUUGUUUUAUGUAUUAUAUCAUGAUUCUUCACAAUAAAACCAUUACUUUUUGAAAGUACACUAUACUGUA